CCGUAUUGGAAAAAAGAUAUUCUUAUGCAAAAAUGCACGACACAGGUCCCCGAGCGCGAGUAAUUUGCGUCGGCCCCCGCGAUCCCUCCCCGAGCCCGCGAUAUUUCAUGAAUGAAAGCCAUCGCCCCCUCUCUUGCUGAUUUUACCACACGAACCAAGCAGACAGGGCUGGGCAGUUCGCUUCUUCGUCAUCGCGCGCACUCAGCGCAGAUCUCCACCGGAAAGUUUCGCGGCGCCCUUCACUUUAGCCGCAUCGGGUUUUGUCUUUUUCGGCAGCAGGCUCACCUCGCAGCUUCGCCUAGGGCCGGAGUCUACGCAUCUCGAACGAUGGCCACGCAGCUAGCCUCCGCGGAGCUGCCGGCGUUCCUGGCGCCCCUUGAAGGCCAGGCGGAGGCAUACGGCCGAGCGUGGACGUCGCCGGCGGACGAAGAAGCGAAGCUAGCCGAUUUUCUCGCAAAUUACGAUCCGGCGUUCCGGCUGUACCUCAUGAAGCCAAACGCGACGGACUUGCUGGUCGAAGGACGCGACAACUUCGGGACUCGCCAAGCCGAACUGUUCCACUCGUCCCCCGGUCUUGGCCUAACCGUGCAUCGGCGCUUCUUCUUUUCUGAAGUUACCGCGGACGGCACGACGGGGAGCGCGCAGCGACAAACGGCAUUCUUCCUCGACAUGGAAACCUAUUACGGACGCCAAGCGAGCGAGAAUUUGCCGUCCACGGGAAAGCUUCUGGUCAUACAUGAGGUCGUUCGAUCGAGUGCCGAGAAAACGAACGCGGAAAACACCUCCGCGCCGAGAAUCUCCCGGGCGUGGGUAUACAAGGACGAAAAUCCAGAGUUUGUGUACCAAGACCGUUUUGAGCCGGGAAAAUCUGAUUACGCAGACUAUUUUCCUAGAGCUACUUUAGAUUUGGUGCAGAAGGAGCUUCAAAUCACCGACGGCACGGCGCUGCAGCUGAUUGAUGUGUCCCCGACGGUGAAGCAGGACCUGUGAGACGCUGGGUCAACAGGUUGUUCACAAGGAUGGAUGCUUCAUUAUCCAAAGAGCAAAUGGUACACACGCUGUUCGAAUCAAACGCAAUAAGGAACUUGUACUUGCAGUGUGCAGUAAGUUGAAGUGCAAACCAGAACAGAU